UUUCGUUUGACAUUAACGGUCAUUAAGUGUGUCUGUAUUGAUGUAUACAAUGACAUAGCUUUGGAAUUCUUUAAUCAUGUUCUGUGACAUUCAUGUAAACUAAAUACUACGGACGAGCAAUCAGGAUAUUUUUGUAUGAGAAAUUCAAGGGAUAAUGGCAGAAACAUGCGAGGACGGGAACAUGUGUGCCAUUUGCUGGGACGACUUCUUCCAGCCCAAAAUUCUGCGAUGUCGUCACACAUUUUGCAAACCUUGUCUACACGGUUAUAUAAAGAAAUCUGACAAUUCCACAGAGAUAAAGUGCCCAGUCUGUCGCCAGACACAAAUCCUCGACGGGAAAGGCUUGAAUGGUUUACUUGACAAUUACUUUGUUCAGCUUCGCCCGCCUGAACAACCGGAACUGUUGUGCUGUAGUAUAUGCUAUGAAGAGACCAUUCUAAAGACAUGUUCCCAUUGUUCCGAAAAGCAUUGUCCAAGUUGCAGAGAAUCCCAUAAACUAGCUUUGAAGUUAGCUGGAGAGAGUUACGAACACAGUUCUGACUCGGACGAAAAUUCCACGGUAGAUCUAGAUCUGGAUGAUAGAGAUGUAACAGAUGAAGCAAACGUACCAAUCAAUCUUCUUUUUGCAGGUCAAGCAAUACGGACGCAGUUUAAUGUAAAACUCUUAACUGCUUUUAAAGUAUCCUCUAUGAUGAAUAGCGCUGAAGAAAAUAGAAAUCCUCCAAUAUACACAAUAUUUCCAUUGGCGGAUGAUAGAUAUCUGGUGGUCCUUAACACUGGACCGGAAAUCGUGGAAUACAAACCAGAUGGGACCGAAAUAAACCGGUCUACAUUCCAGUCCGGUAUUGCUGACAUCAUAGAAACGCCGGACAAACGUCGACUGUUUGUGCAUCCUGCUGAUUGUUUACUUUUGGAGAUCACCAUUCGAGGAAGUAUAUCAAUCUUUGCUCCCUGUAAAGGUUGUCGACCGAUCUGUCUAUCUUCAUUUAAGGAUGGACGUAUAGUCGUGGCAGGUUUUGUCGAACGUCGUGUAAAGAAGGGGUCACCGGAAGGGGGAGAAGAUGAGGAGGAAGAGGAGGAGGACGACAGAAAAGGAAUGUUGCUUAUCUAUAACAAAGAUGGAAAGUUAAUGAAAGAAGUCAUGGAGGGCACUGACGGACCAAUUCUGCGGUUUCCAAUGUGCACAUCUGUCAGUCAUUUCAAUAACACUAUAUGUGUUGCUGAUCAAGACUCAAAAUGCGUGUCUAUUUUUAGCGAAACGGGUGAGCUAUUGACUCGUUAUGACGCGGGGCAGAGUUUUAGACAAUUUGGACUUUUUUGGAAUCGUACAGAAUUUGUUCCACUUUGCUUGUGUCACGAUCCCGAUGGAAAUAUUAUCGUUGCUAAUACAGUGGAUGGUGUACUUCACGUUUUGCAACCAGAUGGGAAAUUUCUAGGCUAUAUUUUAACAAGAGAUAGCGAACAAUUUGGUCGUCCUUCAGGAAUAAUGAUGGAUGCCCACAAUCGAAUUUGGUUAGGUGAUCGCCUUGAUGGGAGAAUUAGAAUUUACGAAAUUUCUAGCUACAAAAACUCUUUCCAUCAACGAGACUCUUUCAAUCAUUUUGCUGAUAGACGUUUACUUGAGUUUUUGUGUACAAUCUUUGGGAUAGUUUCCAUUUGCUGGGAUAACUCAUGAAAGCAGUUGUAACUAAUAAAUCAACAUGGACUAUGCCUGAUAGGGCUUUGCAAAGACUUUGUGUUGUUUUUAGUAUUUAUUUUGAUGCAGAGUAUAUCUACUGCUUCUGAUGAUGGCUAAUUAUAGAGAAAAGUUAAUGAUCCUAAUCACACACGAUAUAAUAAAUGUAUGCAAUUUUAAGACUUUUACCAUUAUCCUUUCUACAAACAUUUAGCACAAUACAAUGCAAAGUAUGAUUUAUAUUGUUAAUGCAUUUUCAUCUCUCGAAGAUACUCGCGUGCUAGAAAAUAAAUCAUGUUCUCUAAUGCACUAGGUGUUUUUGGAAUAAAAAAAACCACAUUAGAAAGCUUUCAGUGAAAGGUAAACCCCAACGAAUAACAAUAAAAUGCUUUGUAUUCGACAUCAGAUUUCAAGAAAUGGCCCGGAACUGGUCAGAAAUGUUAUGGAUUCGUUACACAAAAAAUUAAUGAAAAUUCAGAUCAUUUAAGAUGAAAUUUUACCGCUAAUUUUAGAUUAGAUUAGUUAUUUGUGUUGGUUUACUUUUAGCGGUCAGGGUCAGAGAAGUGAGGGUUCUUUAACGUGAACUGCCGCGGCACAGGCUCUCAGUUCUUAUGACCCGUGAUUCUCACUUCAUUCGAUGAAGAGCGUUUGGCGAAGGAGCUAUCACUACCUAUGUUUAAGACAUUGUUUGAAUUUUCUAAAGCAGCUAACGAUUGAAAUGCCUCUGUAAUUAUUGACAUCAUUAAUAUAAUCUUUUUUAUAUAAAGGAACAAUACAACUUUUUGUCCAUACCUCAGGAUAUAAACUAGACUAUAAUAUUUUAUUAAACAGCUUGUAUAAUAUAGGCAUCAAAAUAUCUUCACAAACAAUAAAAACUUCUUUCACUAUAAAGUCCUCACUACAACGUUUGUUUAAUUUCAACUUUCCAAUUGAUUUUUAGCUCACCUGAGUUGAAAGCUCAAGUGAGCUUUUCUGAUCGUCUGUUGUCCGUUGUCUCUCCGUCUGUCUGUAAACUUUUUACAUUUCGAAUUCUUCCCCAGAACCCCUGGGUCAAUUUCAACCAAACUUGGCCAAAAACAUUCUUGGGUGAAAGACUAUCAAGUUUGUUCAAAUGAAGGGCCAUGUCCCUUUCAAAGGGGAGAUAAUCACAAAAGUUGAAAAAUAGGGUAGGGUCAUUUAAAAAUCUUUUUCUCAAGAACCUCUGGGCCAGAAAAGCUGAAAUUUAUAUGAAAGCUUCCUGACAUAGUGUAGAUUCAAGCUUGUUCAAAUCAUGUCCCCCGAGGAUAGGAUGGGGCCACAAUAAGGGAUUAAAGUUUUACAUACAAAUAUAUAGGAAAGAUCUUUAAAAAUCUUCUCAAGAACCACUGAGCCAGAAAAGCUGAGAUUUACAUGAAAGAUUCCUGACAUAGUGCAGAUUCAAGUUUAUUAAAAUCAUGUCCCCCGUGGGUAGGAUGGGGCGACAAUAGGGAUCAAAGUUUUGCAUGCGAAUAUAUCGGAAAAAUCUUUAAAUUUGAUCCAAGAUGACCGAUGUGGCCCAUUGGCCUCAAGUUUAAUUUAAUUACAUGUGAUUUCUUUGUCCAAUUCAUCAUACACAACUUCAUUAUCAUGUGCAGCGCUAGUGUUAUUCAUAUUGUUUUAGAUAAGGUCCUUGAAGUGUGUGUAGAAAUCUACAUUAGUUACUACUAUCGUCUAAUGUAUAUGCUGGUUUUUGUUGGUUUCUUUUUUAUGUAAACUUGUCUUAUACCUCUCCUCAUGUAUGUCCAUCCUCUAAUAUUCACUCCACUUUUCAUACUGUAUACAUCUUUUUUGUUUAUACUUUGUAAUUGAAUAUGUAUUAUGCUGAUGAGGCGUAAGGCUUAAAGCCAAUAAACAAUACAAUACAAUACUA